AUGGAGUUUCUUGCUAGAUCAUGGAGUCUUUCUGCCACGGAACUAUCCAAAGCACUGCAUAGCACCAAUACUACGACGUCCUCGGCUAUUGAGAUGCAACUUCUAUGCCACUCUGAUCAGUUCAAGGCCAAAGGUUUCACUGCCUCUAAGGAUUCUUUAUCUAUGGGGUGUUAUCCUCAGAUUUCGCCAAAUGAAAGUAGCGAAACAAAGGAUUUACUUUUACUUCAUCAAGCACUUUCUACAGACUUCAUUUCGAGUCAAAACUUGCUGAGAAACGGGCUCUAUAGGAGCUUGGUGAGAGGGAAGACAACAGGUAGGUGGUUGAAAGAUCAGAAGGAGAGGAAAAAGCAAGAAAUUAGGACUCAUAAUGCUCAGCUGCACGCAGCAGUAUCUGUAGUUGGUGUUGCUGCCGCUGUUGCAGCAGUCGCUGCUUCAAUAGCAUCGUCCGAAAAGCCUAAUGCCAUGGCUUCUGCUGCAGUUGCUUCUGCGGCUUCUUUAGUAGCCUCUCACUGCAUUGAGAUUGCAGAAGAUAUGGGAGCUGAACAGGACCAGAUCGUAACCGCAGUCGACUCAGCUAUUAACGCAAAAACCAAUGGAGAUAUUAUGACUCUUACAGCUGGAGCAGCCACAGCCUUGCGAGGAGCGGCUACUCUAAAGGCACGUCUGGAGAGGGGGAUUGGAGCUACUACGAUUCCUCCGGUUGAGGAGAAGUGCGGCGAAGCCAAAGAGGCAAACAUCUUGAUAGCACUGGACUUUGUCUUUAGAGGAGGUGUACUACUCAAACGUACAAGAAAAGGAGUUCUUCACUGGAAGCAAGUUUCUUUCAAUAUUAAUUCAAAUUUUCAGGUAGUAGCGAAAAUGAAAAGCAAGCAUAUUGCAGGAACAUUCACGAAAAAGAAGAAAUAUAUAGUCACUGGAGUGUGCAGUGAUAUCCCAGCUUGGCCCGGAAGGGAAGACAGUUGCGAAAAGAGAGCGUAUUUUGGAAUAAAAACAGCAGACAGAUUAAUAGAAUUUGAAUGUGUAAGAAAAGGAGACAAACUGUUGUGGUUAGAAGGAAUCCAGUACAUGUUGAAUUGCCGCGCCAAAGUAACAUACUAG